AUUAUUGUAAUUUAAUAAGUCUGACAGGUGCAAAAUGUGACAAUAGUUAUAUUAAUUUUAUUUUCCAAUUAUAUUAUCAAUUACGUCAUAAACAAUCAUAUAUAUUUCAAUCUUAAUGAUAUUUGUCGUGCGAGAAGAAUGUGUAAUUGGCAAGUUAUACUUUUAACGUUUCAAAUUCUCUGAUCGUCUGCUGAAUAUUACCGACCAUUUAAUAAUACGCCACCGCUUGGUUGAAACAAAAACCGAUCAAACGCCACGACAGUGUCAUAUUGCCGCUGUGGCGAAUAGCGGUUAAAGGUUCUUUAUGCUCUCUGCGGACGGUAGUGUUCCAUUUUUUUACUUGAACAAUCAUGCCGCGUUGCUUGAUAAAGUCGAUGGCGCGAUAUCAGAAGACGGACAAUUCGAGCGAAGAGGCUGAAUUUUCGUGGCUGCCACCGUCCAUAGAUCCUAAGCAAAAGAAUCGCACAAAAGAUGUAACGUCAAAGACGAGCAAUAUCUGGACAUGCUCGGGGCUUCCUAUUGUGACUCGAUACAGCUUCCAUAAGAUCAAUAACGCGAUGUUCGAUGCAGGAUUAAAUACGGAAUCGGCAAGAGCGACGGAGCCGGGAGCACUGGGAAAAAUUGCCGGGACGGUGGAUCAGAAGAUUGUAACGGACAGCUGUGAAACGCAGACGCUCUCGCAGGCGUUGUACUUGGUCCCGAAUACAAAGCACGAGCCGAUAAAUACUACCGAGGAGAAAACAAGUGCUAGAGAGAACGCUCAAUCCUGGAAGAAAAAUAAAACGAUGCAUUAUUGCCCGUACUGCCGUAAGAGCUUCGAUCGGCCGUGGGUCUUGAAGGGUCAUUUGCGCCUGCACACAGGCGAGAGACCUUUCGAAUGCCCAGUUUGUCAUAAAUCUUUCGCUGAUCGGUCGAAUCUGCGCGCUCAUCAGAGAACACGUAAUCAUCAUCAGUGGCAGUGGCGUUGCGGCGUGUGCUUUAAGGCUUUCUCGCAAAGGCGUUAUUUGGAGCGUCACUGUCCGGAAGCCUGUCGCAAGUAUCGUAUAUCUCAGAAGAAGGAUCUCGUCUGCUCGUAAGAACACAGAUCAGAAACAUUCAUCCAGGCGAGGGAUGUCGAUAUAAAGUUGCGGUUUACCGAUGCAUAAUGUUAUCAUAUAUCGCAAUAUUAUCGUUACGUUUGGAUGUAGUAACGAGAGAAGAGUAUGCUCUAACCUAUUUUCCCAUA